AUGCAUGAAGUCACAAAGAGAAUUCAGGAUAUUGCAGAGGAGAUCAACCAGAAUCCCAGGCUCUUACCCAACAUCUCCCUGGGCUACAACAUCCAUGACACCUAUUUCGAUGCGACAAUGACUUUAGAUGCCUUAUUCAGCCUGCUCUCUACUGGACAGGCGAAUGUUCCCAACUACUACUGCGGAAGACAGAAUCACCCGUUGGCUGUACUUGAAGGGUCUGACACUGACAUCUCCAUCCAAAUUUCAACCAUGUUGGGCCUCUACAAAAUCCCGCAGCACUUUGGGGAGAACGCAUUUAAAUGUUCCUAUUCAAAGGAUGCCUGGUCUGUGAAAGGUAGGACAAGAUGCACAGAGAAAGAGAAGUUGGAGGAUCUCUCCCAGGAGGACGUGGAGGGAAUCCUGUCUCUAGACAGCUAUAACAUCUACAACUCCAUCCAGGCUGUGGCCCAUGCCUUAGAUGCCGCUCUUUCAUCCAGGUCCAAGAGGAGGGUGGUGGAGCAUGGAGACAGGCUGGACCUUCAGAGGCUACAGCCAUGGCAGGUUCACCCUUUCCUGAGAAACCCCCAGUUUUACAAUACUUCCAUCAUAGAUGGAAUAUAUUUGGACAAGAAUGGAGAGCUGGUGGUCAACUUUGACAUGGUCAACUGGAUGGUGCUUCCAAAUAAGUGCGUGGAAAGCUGUCGCCCAGGAUUCAGGAAGGUGGCUCAGGAAGGAAGGCCCGUUUGCUGCUACGCCUGUUCUCCCUGUGAGGAAGGGACCAUCUCCACCCAGGAAGAUGCAGAGCAUUGCGGCAAGUGUCCAGAAGAUCAACAUCCAAACAAGGACAGAGAUCAAUGUAUCCCCAAGGAUAUCACGUUCCUGUCCUAUGAAGAGUCUUUAGGGAUCAUCCUGGUUUCCUUUGUCCUAUUCUUCUCCUUAACCACAAGCUUGGUCUUAGGAAUCUUCAUUAAAUUCUUAGAAACCCCAAUAGUCAAAGCCAACAACCGGGACCUCUCCUACAUUCUCCUCAUCUCCCUCCUGUUUUCCUUUUUGUCCUCCUUUCUCUUCAUCGGCCGGCCAAGGAAAGCCACCUGCCUCCUCCGACAAACAUCUUUCAGCAUCAUCUUCUCGGUUUCUGUCUCUUCUCUCUUGGCCAAAACGAUCACUGUGGUGCUGGCCUUUUUGGCCACAAAGCCAGGGAACCAGAUGAGAAGAUGGCUAGGGAAGAGGUUGGCCAACUCCAUUGUCCUUUCCUGUUCCAGUGUCCAAGUUGCUAUCUCCAUCAUCUGGCUGGGUACCUAUCCUCCAUUCCCAGACUCUGACAUGCACUCCCAAUCAGGACAAAUCAUCCUGCAAUGCAAUGAAGGAUCUGUCUCAAUGUUCUAUACUGCCCUUGGCUUCAUGGGCUUCCUGGCUGCCAUCUGCUUCACGGUGGCCUUCCUAGCCAGGAAGCUGCCUGGGUCCUUCAACGAAGCCAAGCUGAUCACCUUUAGCAUGCUGGUCUUCUGCAGUGUCUGGGUCUCCUUUGUGCCCACCUACCUGAGCACCAAGGGGAAAUACAUGGUGGCCGUGCAGGUCUUCUCCAUCUUGGCCUCCAGUGCUGGGCUGCUGGGCUGCAUCUUCCUUCCCAAGUGCUACAUCAUUAUAUUGAGGCCCGAUCUGAAUACUAAGGAGCAUCUUACGACAAAAACGUAA